AUGGCCGGCGAGGCCGUGGCUGGUGGGGACGCGGCAUUGCGCCAUCUCCUGAGGCUGCACCGCACGGAGAUCUCCGUGGCCGUGGACAGCGCCUUCCCACUGCUGCACGCGCUGGCUGACCACGACGUGGUUCCUGAGGACAAGUUCCAGGAGACAUUGGGCCUGAGCAAGGAGGAGGGCUGCCCUCAGGCCUUCCACGCCCUGCUGUCCUGGCUGCUCACCCAGGACGCUGCGGCCAUCCUGGCCUUCUGGAGAGUUCUCUUCAAGGACUACAACCUGCAGAGAUACGGCCGGCUGCAGGCCGUGAGGGACAGUUUCCCCAAAGAUGUGGACUUCAGCCAGUCGCGCAAGGGCAGGAAGCCCCCUGCUGCCCCCAAGCUCCCAACUCUGCCGCCCAGACCGCCCACCAAGAGGAGGGCCCUGGAGGAGCCUGCAGCCGCCCUGCCAGCCGCCCUGACCCCAAGGGCCACCUGCAGCCCAGGUUCCCAGCCAAGGGCCAAGACCACGAAGAAGCCAGAGAGCUACGUGGAGCCACAGCGCUCCCUGCUGGGGAACGGAAUGCAGACCGUGUCAGCUUCUGUCCAGAGAGCAGUGGCUGUGUCUUCGGGAGACGUCCCCGGAGCCCACGGAGCCCUGGAGGGAAUCCUCAUCCGGCAGGUGUUGGAGUCAGGGGGAGCCAAGAAGUGCAUCCAGGUUGGGGGGGAGUUCUACACCCCCAGCCAGCUGGAGGACUCUGGCAGCAGUGGCGGGAAGAAUAAGACGCGUGCUGGCAGUGGUUUGAAGUCUCCUGCUCGUGCCAAGGCCCCCGGUGGCAGUGAGCUGAGGACAGGCCAGCAAGGAAGGGCCCUCCCCAGGGACCCCCAGCUCCAUCAGAACGAGGAUGAGUGUGCCGUGUGCCGUGAUGGCGGGGAGCUCAUUUGCUGUGAUGGCUGCCCCCGCGCCUUCCACCUGGGCUGCCUGUGCCCGCCGCUGCGGGAUGUCCCCAGUGGCCCUUGGAGGUGUCCCGGUUGCCUGCAGGGCAGAGUCCAGCAGCAGCUGCCCCAAACUGAGGAGCCACAGCCCCAGGAGCUGUGCACGGAGACCCUGGUCCCUCCGGGGCUGCCGGCUGUGCAGGAAGGAAGGGGCCUGCCGGGGGAGCCCCGGGUCAGCACUGACACUAUUCUCACCUACACCCACCUGCUGGCCCCGCCCUCUGCACCCCCUCUCUCCGGGCUGGAGCCCUCGGCCCUGCGCCCCCUACUGAGUGUGGGCCCUGAAGGGCAGCAGGGCCCGACUUCCGGGGCGCGGUGCGGGGUGUGCGGGGACGGCGCGGGGGCACUGCGGUGCACGCACUGCGCCGCCGCCUUCCACUGGCGAUGCCACUUCCCGGGGGGCGCACCGCGGCCGGGGUCUGGCCCGCGCUGCAGGUCCUGCACCCGAGACCCCGCGCCGCCGGCCCCCACUGAGGGCGCGCCCGCUCCGAGCUCUGCCUGCCCGACCACGGUCACGGAGGCGUCUCGGGUCCCUGAGCCUGUUGCGCCCAGGGAUGACCUGGAGUCACUGCUGAGUGAGCAUUCCUUCGAUGGCAUCCUGCAGUGGGCCAUCCAGAGCAUGUCCCGCCCACUGGCCGAGGUGUCCACCUUUCCCUCCUGA